GGAGCAGCGGCGGCGGGGCUGGGGCGAGGCCGAGCCCGGCCGGGGAGGCCGGAGGCCCGGCCGGGGCCGCGGGGCCCGAGUCCGCAGCGGGCAGCGGGGGCUGGUGGCAGCUCCUCGCUUGGCUGCGGUGGCGGCCGCCCCAGUGCUGCCCCUGUGCGGCGCCCCUUCCCGCGCCGCCGCGCACUGUUGUCAUGGAGGAACCAAGAUGGCGGCUCUGGCCUACAACCUGGGCAAGCGGGAGAUCAACCACUACUUCAGCGUGAGGAGCGCCAAGGUGCUGGCGCUGGUGGCCGUGCUGCUGCUCGCGGCGUGCCACCUCGCCUCCCGCCGCUACCGAGGUGAAGCAGACGGUCCUUGUGCUCGGACGGACAGACGGAUGGUCGGGGAGGCGGGACACGGCCGCCGGAGGCCGGCUCCCCCCCUCCCGCCCCCCGCGCGACACACGCCCCACGCCCCACGCGACGCGGCCUGCGUGGGCCCCACCUGUCCCGGGCGUCCCACGGCCAGGGUGCGCAUGGGCCUGGGUCCCCCCCGACCCCAGGAGCCGCCCGCGCGGUGGUUCCCACCCGGGGUGCAGCUCCCGCGCGGGCCCGGGUUGGGAGGCCGGCGCGGUGGGGCCGCCCCGCCAAGCGCCUCCUCCAUGGCCAGGGUCUGGCUGCCUCUGCCCUGUCACUGCAGGCCUCGCUGUUGGACAGCGCCAAGGCCGCCCCAUUUUCCUUGGCCACAAGGGCCACUCCCGGCUGAAGAUGCCUGUGUCCGAGUGGAGGAAGUGCCACCCAGCCCUGGUGACGCACGUGUGAAGGGUCUGGGCUGCACGCUUUCGGAUUCUGUUGCAAAGCCCCAUGUGAUUGUUGCAGGAGCUGCCACAUGGUCCAUCAAGAUUCACAAUGGUAGCAAUGAAGCACUUUCUCAAUACAAAAUGAACAUUACCUCUAUAGCACCACUUCUAGAAAAAUUGGCAAAGACUAGUGAUGUUUAUUGGGUCUUACAAGAUCCUGUUUAUGAAGAUCUAUUAAGCGAUAACAGGAAAAUGAUCACUAAUGAGAAGAUAGAUGCCUACAAUGAAGCUGCAGUCAGUAUUUUGAAUAGUAGCACCAAUUCUAAGUCAAAUGUUAAGAUGUUCAGUGUCUCCAAAUUAAUUGCUCAAGAAACCAUUAUGGAAUCUUUGGAUGGCUUACAUCUUCCCGAAUCAAGCCGAGAAACUAGUGCAAUGAUUCUUAUGAACGUGUAUUGCAAUAAGAUUUUGAAGCCUGUAGAUGGUUCCUGUUGUCAACCUCGGCCUCCUCUUACUCUCAUACAGAAGCUAGCUGCUUGUUUUUUCACUUUAUCUAUUAUUGGAUACUUAAUUUUUUAUAUAAUUCAUCGUAAUGCUCAUCGGAAGAAUAAACCUUGUACUGAUUUGGAAAGUGGAGAGGAAAAGAAAAAUAUUAUCAAUACCCCCGUGUCUCCAUUAGAAAUACUUUUGCAGUCUUUCUGCAAACUUGGCCUAAUCAUGGCUUAUUUCUAUAUGUGUGAUCGUGCAAAUCUGUUUAUGAAGGAAAACAAAUUUUAUACACAUUCAUCUUUCUUUAUUCCAAUUAUUUACAUCUUGGUUUUGGGAGUAUUUUACAAUGAAAGUACUAAAGAGACUAAAGUAUUAAACAGAGAACAAACAGAUGAAUGGAAAGGCUGGAUGCAACUUGUGAUUUUGAUUUAUCACAUCUCUGGAGCAAGUACAUUUUUGCCUGUGUACAUGCACAUUCGAGUUCUGGUUGCUGCAUAUCUAUUUCAGACAGGAUAUGGGCAUUUCUCAUACUUUUGGAUCAAAGGAGACUUUGGAAUCCAUAGAGUAUGUCAGGUCUUAUUUCGUCUUAACUUCCUGGUAGUGGUGUUAUGUAUAGUAAUGGACCGGCCUUAUCAAUUCUAUUACUUUGUCCCCUUGGUCACUGUGUGGUUCAUUGUCAUAUAUGUUACUUUAGCACUCUGGCCUCAAAUAAUCCAAAAAAAAGCAAAUGGAAAUUGUUUCUGGCAUUUUGGCUUACUGCUGAAACUAGCCUUUUUGCUGUUAUGCAUAUGUUUUUUGGCAUAUUCUCAGGGUGCAUUUGAGAAGAUCUUUUCUCUUUGGCCGUUGUCCAAGUGUUUUGAACUGAAAGGAAAUGUAUAUGAAUGGUGGUUCAGAUGGAGGUUAGACCGUUACGUAGUCUUUCAUGGAAUGCUGUUUGCAUUUAUUUAUCUGGCUUUGCAGAAGCGCCAAGUACUUUCUGAAGGAAAGGGUGAACCUCUUUUCUCAAACAAGAUUUCAAACUUCCUUUUGUUUAUUUCAGUAGUUUCUUUCUUGACCUAUUCCAUCUGGGCUAGCAGUUGUAAAAACAAAGCAGAGUGUAAUGAACUCCACCCAUCUGUUUCUGUGGUACAGAUUUUAGCCUUUAUUCUAAUAAGGAACAUCCCUGGAUAUGCCCGUUCAGUUUACAGUUCCUUUUUUGCUUGGUUUGGAAAAAUUUCCUUAGAGCUGUUCAUUUGCCAAUAUCACAUAUGGCUGGCAGCAGAUACAAGGGGAAUCUUGGUACUCAUACCCGGAAACCCUGUGCUCAACAUCAUUGUCAGCACUUUCAUCUUUGUUUGUGUGGCACAUGAAAUUUCUCAGAUCACUAAUGAUCUUGCCACUAUUAUUAUUCCUAAAGAUAACUCAUCUCUCUUGAAAAGAUUGGCAUGUAUAGCCGCAUUUUUUUGUGGACUACUCAUCUUAUCAUCCAUUCAAGAUAAAUCAAGACAUUAGGCUCCUAAAAUCCUAAAAAGCUUACAUUCUUCAGGCUUACUUUGUGUCUGCCUAAAGGAGAGAACAUCUAUGAAGAGAUACAGUGUCUAUGUAAAUACAAGCGUGUGUCAAAAGGACAGUUUAGUAAUGUCUAUUGAACGUGUGUGGUUCUGUGUAUAGGUAAUAUACAUACCCCAUGUGAAAUACUGAAAAAAAAUGCAUCAUACAGGAUUGCAUGUGAAAAGUCUUUUCUACCGGGUCUGUUUCCAUUUAUAAAUGAUUCUGAGUUAACAUAUGAAGGCAGGGAAAUGAUUAGCUUUCCAAUAAAAAGGAUAGAUAAUUUAAUUAGCUUAGUGACACCACUGAGUAUUUUAAUAUUUACUAAAUUUGUGGUAAUAAGACUGUACCUGUACUCAUUGUGGAACUUCCUACUUCAUUGAAAAUUUUUUAUUCAAAAUGACUUGCAGUAUUGUCUUCUUCUUGUAUGUGCAAUGAUGUGGAGUGAUAAACAGUAUAUCUUUAAUUUAUAUGUUUUCAUGUUCUGGUGUUACAUGUUACCUAACUUGAUUUUUCUCCUAACUCUGGUUUUCGGGUAUGUAAGUCUCAAUCUUUGUACACUUUGUCUGUCACAGAGUUGUUCUAAGGCUCCACGACAGGGUUUUGUCAUAGUUGAUAAUGUCAUUGCUUCUUUUUAUAAAAAUGCCAAACAUCCAUCUGUUUGUUUUCCUUAAGCUAUAUACCAGUGUAAAACCAGUUACCCUGUGGAUAAUAUGUUUUCUCCCCAUGAAUUAAUUUUUAUAUAUUAUUUCCAAUGUUUGGAAAGCUCUUUUUAGCCAUUUUGGUAUUUCCUAUUAUCCCCUUCUGUUUUAAAAAAUAUAUAUUUAUCAAUCUAGACAUGCAGUGUAGUAAAGAUUCAAGUCGUUUUGACUGAGAUGUAUGAUAGUGUAGAAUUUAAAGUAAAUUGGUGACUUUGGGCAAUAAAUGUUUUUGUUUUUAAAUAAGCUAACUGUUAGAGGUAUACAUUUAUUUAUCUGUUGUACAGAUUUGAUUAUGGUUUUUAAUGUUUGAAAGAUUGCACUUAUUUGCUUUUACUAUGUGUGAGGUA